AAUGAUAAUGGUCAAAGCACUAAGUAGCUUGAAUGUUCCUACAUGCAUGUUUUUGUAAAACAGAGAGCUUAUUUAUCAUAAUAUUAUAACUCCUGCAAACAAAUAGCCUUGCAUUUUGACACAUUUGUUUUCCACAAUCCAACUUGAAAAAGGACCAGAAACAAUCGUGUAUGGAAAUAAUAAUACAGCUUUUGUAAAAAUGUUUUAUUCAUUACGUUAUUAUCUAGGCUCAGUCUUCAAUCAACAGAAACAAGAACUAUCUUUAUAAGAUAUGCUGUAUAGAGCUGAUUCAGGUUGUGCAGGUGAUUAAGCGAGCGAAUCUCCAUUUCCUGCAAUGCUGUCAGGGAUCAAGCUGCCAUUCACGUUUGAAGAUGAGGCUUCUAAAGAGAGUCAUGAUCUGAACGUCGAUGGAAGCUUUGUCACAACUGAAGCCACUUUUAUCCAGCCCCAACCUCACCAGGAUUUCACCAUGGACGACUCUACCAGUAAUGCUGCCCACCAGUCGGAGAAGAGGAAAGGUGGGUGGCCAAAAGGGAAGAAGAGGAAGAAGGUGAAGGACACCAAUGCCCCCAAACCACCCCUCUCUGGAUACAUCAGAUUCCUGAAUGAGAGACGCGAGCGUCUUCGCCAGGAGAACCCGUCCCUAACAUUCAUAGAGUUGACACGUAUGAUGGGCUCGGAGUGGUCUAAACUUCCUCAGCAUGAGAAACAGAAAUACCUGGACGCUGCAGAGAUGGACAAGGACCGUUACAACAGAGAGAUGGAGGCCUAUCAGAAGACUGAGUCGUAUAAACAGUUCAGGCAGCAACAGGAGAAAAUGGCUAAACUGGAGAUUGAGAAAGAGAGCUCUGGUGUUGAGGAUGAAGAUGAACCAGACCCGGGCAUGUUUGAGAUUCCUAUCUUCACAGAGGAGUUCCUCAAUCACAAUAAAGCAAGAGAGACUGAGCUUCGGCAGUUACGCAAGCAGACGACAGAAUUGGAAGAACAGAAUGCCAUUCUCGGCAAGCACAUUGAUAACAUGAAACAGGCGAUAGAGAAAUUGCAAGUUGAGGCGAUUCAGCAGCGAAACAACAACAUGGCCCUGCAGGGUCACCUUGAUGCUCUACGGCAGACGCUGACUGCUAACUUUGGCUCCAUUCCCUUGCCAGGUACCAAUGAGAUACCCACGUUGGAGACAAUAGAUAACUACAUGGCUAGGCUACACUCUGUCAUUCUGGAGCAUCCUCAAAAAAACGAGAAGUUAAUAUCACAGGUUCGAGACAUCGUGGGACGUCUCAAUAUCGACAGGUUUGGAAUACCUUCGUUUUGAUGCUCCAGUUAACAACUGUACGUCAGAAUAGAGGUUAGGUUUCAGAAAUAAGCAAUUUUAAUCUGACCAAACAAAUCGAUUCUGGUUGGAAAAAGAUGAUCCCCAGAUUUGUAAUUUCAAUUGGAUCAACCAAAAUAAAUCUGAUCAGAAAAAGACAAUCAUCAGUUUUUUUCAAAGGUGUUACCACUCCCCAUUUGGAGUGUUUAGCUUUAUCUAUCUAUUAUUUAAUAGAAAGCAAAUACAGUAUUUUCACAUAUAACUUAAUAUUUUUCUCUAAUCAUAUAGUUAAGGUAAGGGCAUUAUAAAAGUAUUUCAUGUGUUAUGUGGUCGUUAAAGAAAUAAACUUUUAAUUUGUGUUGGGAAAAUGUGGUUUCGCAUAUUUUUUAUUGAUUAAAGCGAGAUUAUACGAUUUUUUAUAUGUGUUAAAUUGUAAAAUAUUGAUAAAAUAUGUUACAAUAACACAUAAUAGGCAAGAUAAAAUUAUACAUUGAAGACGAAUUUCAUAAAAUGCAGCAAAGACAAAUUAGCGCCCCCGAGCCAAUUGUGACAAAGAUGUUUCGUACAUGUUUUCCUACAAUAACCAAAGUAUUCGUCUUUUUAGUUAGUGUUUAUGUGUCGUAUGAAUAGAUAUUGUUGCAGGAAUUUAAAAUGAACAGUUGAAUUAAAUUUAGAUUCACAUUGUACAUGCAUGAUUUACAUGCUGGCGAAUUCGACUGUACAGACAUUUUCCAUUUCAGAAUUAAAUAUCUGGCUUAUUUCGCAUUAUCACUUUUGUUUUAAUUUAUAUUGAAAUAUAUGUUUAUUACGUUUUAACACAUGUUACAUAAAUUAAUAAAUAUUUGACAAAAUAGUAUAAUCUCGCUUUAAGGUAUCAUAAAUAUUAAAGUUAGAGGUCGCCGUGGUGUAAUGGAUAUGGUGUCCGCCUUGCGACCGCGAGGUCACGGGUUCGAUCCCCACCGUGGGAGCGUUCUUUAGAUCUCCCCCAAAGACACCAAGUACUGGUUCUAGGCCCAGGAAACGGACUCGAUAGCGUUUAUAUAAGCCUAAGGCUUUCGACGCAAUCGAGCUAAAAUAAAUAGGUUUAAACUAAAUAUUAAAGUUGUUCUACCAUUAGUAUGUUCAUACCUUAUGCAUUAAUAUUUUAGCACAAUGUUUUUUCGGCGAUACAUUAACGUUGUUGGCUCUGCCAUUCUUUUUGUCCAGGAUUAUUACCGGUAUGCAAAAUUAUUGGAAUAAAAAAAAAAGAAUAAUUCUCAACAAUAUCAUAAUUUUCAGUCUUGGCGAUAUGAACAUUACACCAAAUUGUUGUUCCAAAUAGAAGUGAUUAGUUAAUACAUUUUUAUGAGAUAUCAGGUGUAAGCCUCAUGUAUGGACAUAUAAUUCUAAUUUUUUUUUUUUAAACAUAAUUCUUUUAUUUAUCAAUAUUUAUGAAUAUGUAUUGGUCAGAACACUAUUUGUAUUUACUUCUGGGCCCAGUCUUUUCAAAGAUUGUAUGGCAAACAAACAUUUACGAGCAAAAGGUUCAUAAAAUCAAGACCAUGUGAAAGAAGGAAAAGAAAACAAACAUGAUAACUGAAAUUUAAUAAUUCAAGAAAAGGACUUAAUUGCCAUUCCGAUUGGGCAAGAAUAGGCCCUGGCAUAGCUUAAAUUUGUCAUAAGAUGUUUAAUAAAACCUGCUGUCAUUGUGCAGAAGUUGAACCUGCCAGAUUUGUUAGACAGAAAUUAGUUUUUUGGUGAUAAUGUGAAAUUAGUUUGAUUUGAUUUCACUUAGCUGUGUUUAGGUUGGAGACUUCUUUUUUGUGUGUGUUGUUAAUGAGUUGAGUUGAUUUAAAUCGAUACCUUUGUAAAGGUAUAUGGGCAGAUCAUUGAGUAUCUUUUAAGACUAUUUGAUGCAUGUGUUGUAACCCUUUUAUUUGAAAUCCUGCCAAUUUGUUAUAAUGGAGCAUUGAUACAAAUAAUACCUGUUAGCAGUGUAAAUGUUUUGCUUAUCAAAUUAAAAACUGGCAUAUUUGA